AUUUACGCUGUAAAUAAGCGCUGUAGAAAAAAAAAGAUAAAAAAAAGAUAAAGAUAAAAAACCAACGACAGCCUUAAUAUGGAACCUGGUAAACAACAAACGGGCUACCACCCUAAUCAAGGCUACCCCCCUAAUCAAGGUUACCCUCCUAACCAAGGUUACCCCCCUAACCAAUACAACCCUGGUGCCUCUAGCAAUGUAUACGUGGGCCAGCCUCCUCAUCCGAGCACUGUGAUCUACAUGGCAAACCGGCCCUACCUUAAUUUCACUGGGGCCAUUGUAUUUUCCUGUAUUGUAUUUUGGUGCUGUGGUUGUCUGUUUGGGCUGAUCGCUUUUAUUCUCGCAAUGGUCGGUCAGUCUUCAGCUUCGAAUGGCGAUGAGGCAUCAGCAAAAUCUUACCUGACGGCUUCGUACGUUCUGUCCACUAUUGGCUUCGUCCUCGGCCUCAUUCUCAUCAUCGUCCUAGUCGCCCUUGCAGCUACUGGCGCGGCUUUAGUGACUAAGGCCGCAAAGGAAAAUACUUACUACUGGAAAACAAUUGCUUUACAAUUUUUUCUUCUGAUUAAACCUGAAAAUUUCCCCAAAAUCUUCCAAAAAGUUGGCUGUAGUAUCAAAGCUCAUCUUCAGUCCAUCCUCUAA